AUGACCCGCACGGACCCGCCGGACCUGCUAGUGUCGACCGUGUACCAGGACAUCAAGGUGGCGGCCCCCGGGCCCUCGCCCAGGCGCCCGCCAUGUGAGCGCCCCGCGGCCCGGCCCGCUGCGCCCGUGCCUUUCAACAAGCGCCACUGCCGCAGCUUCGACUUCCUGGAGGCGCUGGACGGGGCGGCCAUGGAGGGCCUCCCCGAGCCGCCGCCCCCGGAGCUCCCGGCGCCGCGCGCCCGGCCCCGCGACAGCGAACCCCGGCGCCGCGCCCGCUCCAAGAGCGCGCCCCGCGAGCCCCCGGGCCUGGCGCCCGCGCCCGCCUCGCCGCCAGUGCUGCCGCGCCGAGGCCGGGAGGUCCAACGGGCGGCGCGGGCCGAGGGGUCGCCACGCCGGGAGCCCUCGUACCCCGCGCUGCGCGCGCUCGCCAAUGAGCUGCACCCCAUCAAGCUGCAGCCGCAGCGGGGCGGCCCCGGCCGCAUCGCGCCCCUGUGUGCCGCCACCGACCGCUAUGCGCCGCCGCCGGAGCCUCCAGCCGCGCCUGCCCCCCACGUCCGCUGCCGCCUGGACAUCAAACCCGACGAGGCGGUGCUGCAGCACGCCGCCCGGGGGUCGCGGCCCUGCGGGCCCGCCCAGCCCGCACCCUGGGCCCGCGCUGCGCCGCCUCUCCACGGCCUCACGGUGCCCGGGCCACGCCACCUGGCGCUGUCGCGCACCCCCACGCCCAGCGACUCCUACUGCGUGGACCCCCGUAACGCGCCGUACUGCGACGGGCUCCUGCCGGGGCCGCGGGACCACGCGGAGCGGCGCGGCGCGCCCUUCACCGCCCCGCCGGGCCCCUCCCAGUUCUUCUACACCGAGGAGCCCGAGGGCCACCCCGGCGGCUUCGCGGCCAGCCCGGGCCCCCCCUGUGACAGCUACUUCCCCAGACCCUUCCGGCCCGAGGAGCCCGCGGGGCCCAGCCCACGGGGUGGGGGCAGCUACCUGGCCUGGGAAGCGCGCACCUUCCCCUUCCACGAGCCGCCCAUCGGUUCCUACUACGGAGAGGCCCCGCCAGCCUACGUCCCGCCCUGGGGCCCCUGCUAUCCGCCCACAGAGACCCAGGCCCAGCCCGCCGCCCGGCCCUGGUACACAGAGAACUGGGGCCGGUACCGAGACCGCGACGCCCUGGCGCGGACGUACCCACACCCACGCGGCAGCCCGGCCUGGGGCGACUGGGGCCCGCGGCCUUACCGAACCCUGCAGGUGGCGCCGCCCCCGGCGCCCGGCCCGCUGCUCGCCUCCUGGCACGGGGGCACCGGCACCAGCCCGCCCCGCCUCGCCACCGACAGCCGCCACUACUCGCGCUCCUGGGACAACAUCCUGGCGCCCGGGCCGCGCCGCGAGGACCCCCUGGGCCGCGGCCGCAGCUACGAGAACCUGCUGGGAAGGGAGGCCCGGGAGCCGCGGGGCACCUCCCCGGGAGGCCGGCGCCCGCCCGUCGUCGUCAACCUGUCCACCUCGCCUCGGCGCUACGCGGCGCUGUCGCUGUCGGAGACGUCGCUGUCGGAGAAGGGCCGCGCGGGCGACGGCCUCGGCCGGAGCUGGUACGUCACCCCGGAGAUCACCAUCACCGACAACGACCUCCGCGCCGCCGAGCGCCCGCCCGCCGGGGGCUGGGAGCUGCCCGGGGGCCGCCGGCGGCCGCCCCCGCCCGCCGCCCCCGACGGCCCCACCUCCGGCCGCCAGCGCAGCCUCGAACAGCUGGACGAGCUCAUCACGGACCUGGUGAUCGACUCCCGGCCCCUGGCCGGCCAGGCUUCCCGCCCCGCGGCCGACGGCCUGGGCCGCCAGCUCCGCCGCCUGCUGGACUUGCGGCCCGCGGGCUCGGGGGCCCCGGCGACGGCGCCGCGCUCGCCCCCCGCGUCUGCCGGCAGCGCCGAGGACCCCGCGGGUGCGGGGCAGGCGGCGGACGAGUCCCCCGAGCCCAGCGCGGACGAGGACGACCUGAUGACCUGCUCCAACGCGCGCUGCGGGCGCACCGAGACCCUGUUCCACGCCUGCCUCUACUUCAAGUCCUGCCACAGCUGCUACACCUACUACUGCUCGCGCCUGUGCCGCCGCGAGGACUGGGACGCGCACAAGGCGCGCUGUGUGUACGGCCGCGUGGGCAGCGUGUGCCGCCACGUGCUGCAGUUCUGCCGCGACAGCGGCCCGGUGCACCGCGCCUUCUCGCGCAUCGCCCGCGUGGGCUUCCUGUCGCGCGGCCGCGGCGUGCUCUUCCUGGGCUUCCCGAGUCCCGGCUCCGCGGACAACUUCCUGCGCUUCGGCCUCGAGGGGCUGCUGCUGUCGCCCACCUACCUGUCCCUGCGCGAGCUCGCCACGCACGCGGCGCCACUGGGCGGCUACGCGCGCGAGCUGGCGGCCGCCGGGCGCCUCUACGAGCCGGCCGAGUGCUUCCUGCUCAGCGUGUCGGUGGCCGUGGGCCCCGGCGCCACUCCGCCCGGCGCCCCCGCCAGGCCCGCGCCGCGGAGCCCGGGGCCCACGGUGCGCAAGUUCGCCAAGGUGGCGCUGGCGGCCGGGAGCCCUGCGCGGCCGCCCCCGACGCGGGGGCUGGAGCCCGACAUGGAGACGCUGAUCCUGACGCCGCCGCCGGGCACGGCGGGCCUGGACCAGGAGGGCGAGGCGGGCCGGCGCGCGCGGGAGGUGGCCUUCAUCCACAUCCAGCGCGAGCUGCGCCUGCGCGGCGUCUUCCUGCGCCACGAGUUUCCGCGCGUCUACGAGCAGCUCUGCGAGUUCGUGGAGGACAACCGGCGCUUCACGCCCACCACCAUCUACCCCACGGACCGGCGGACCGGCCGCCCCUUCAUGUGCAUGAUCAUGGCCGCCUCGGAGCCGCGCGCUCUGGACUGGGUGGCCAGCGCCAACCUGCUGGACGACAUCAUGUGA